UAGUAUAUAAUGGGAUAUUCUCCACCCUGAACCACCAAACUCCUGAAUAUAAAUACACCUCACUAGCUUCAACAGGCUCAUCGCAAUUUCGCAGGAGUUGCUUCUUUGCAUACAAAUUCGUCUGAAUCUUGCUACUUUCUACGGUUUAUAAACAGCCUCCACUACCACCGUUGCCGUCGCCAUCAUCCCGUUGAUGGCUAUGACCACAAAUGGCCUCUCUUCCAAAUUGAUUCCAUCUUUCCUUCGCUUUCUUAACUCAUCUUCUCCCUCUUUCACCGCCCCCCGUUUCCGUUUUGCUCAGAGAACAACGAUUAACACGGCAACCACCACUAUCUUCGCACCUCCAGCACAUCCGGAACAAAGCACCAUCGACUACUCCAAUGACGACUGUGUUUAUAAUUUUGAAGACACCAAACGCCUUUUCUCAUCCGUUAAGACUGGUAAACUUAUACGAUCGGUGGCGAACCUUAGCAUGGCUUCGGUGGAGCCGGUAGUGGAUUUGGGGAUGUGGGUGAUGGGUUCUAGGUUAAUGCAGAUGGGUUUGUUAAGAGAGGUUGUGUUAGGUGGAAUCAAGCAUACGGUUUAUGAGCACUUUGUUGCCGGUUCCGACACCGGUGAGGCUGGUCGAACUGUGAAGAAAUUAUGGGAGUCCGGGUUAAGAGGGAUGUUGGAUUAUGGUCUGGAGCAUGCAGUUGAUAAUGAAUCGUGUGAUAAAAACGCUCAACAGUUCAUCAAAACUGUUGAAUCAACCCAAUCUCUUCCUCCAUCUUCUGUUAGUUUUGUAGUCGUGAAGAUCACAGCUAUCUGCCCAAUCUCUUUGCUAAAGAGAGUGAGUGAUCUACUUAGAUGGGAAUACAAACACAAGAAUUCAUCUUCGUUUGUGCUCCCAUGGAAGCUAAAAACCCUUCCCAUAUUUGUCGAAUGCAGUCCUUUUUACCACACACUAACAAAACCAUCCCAUUUGACGAUGGCAGAAGAGCUUGAUCUUGAACUAGCUCAACAAAGACUAACCACCAUAUGUAAUAAAGCCAUUGAAAGCAACGUGCCUGUAGUCAUUGAUGCAGAGGAUACUUCUAUCCAACCAGGGAUCGAUUACUUCACAUAUUCAGCGGCAAUCAUGUACAACAAAGGUCAAAAGCCCUUGAUUUCCGGGACAAUUCAAGCGUAUUUGAAGGACGCCGGGCAGAGGUUGUUCCAGACAAAAAAAGCCGCCGAUAAAUUGGAACUGCCGAUAGGGUUUAAGCUAGUAAGAGGAGCUUAUAUGUCUAGCGAAAGGAAAUUGGCUAAUUCUCUUGGUGUUGAGUCUCCUAUUCACAAUAGCAUCAACGAGACACACCGUUGUUUCAAUGAUUGUGCUUCGUUCAUGGUAGACGAGGUUUCUAAUGGCCCUGGUGGGCUCAUUCUUGCCACUCAUAAUCUUGAAUCAGGAGUAUACUACUCAGGGUAAUACUGAAUUACUGAUUAUGAAAACCGAACGAGGGAAACUGGUCGCACGAAAGGCAGGUGAUUUGGGGAUUGGUAGAGAAAACGAUAAGCUGGAGUUUGCUUCACUUUACGGGAUGGCGGAUGCAAUGAGUUUUGGAUUGAGAAAUUCAGGGUUUAAGGUGAGCAAGUACUUGCCAUUUGGGCCUGUUGAUAAGAUCAUGCCUUACCUUUUGCGACGAGCAGAAGAGAACAAAGGGCUACUUUCAUCUUCAUACCUCGAUAGACACCUCAUGAUGAAAGAGUUGAAGAGGAGAGUGAAAGCUUGUGUUGGCAGAAAAAGAGAGAGGCCCAUGGUUUGA